UCAAACGCGCUGAGUGGCGGAGGUUUAGACGACACGUUAAACCCUUCUCCCCUCUUACUCAAAAACAGAGACACCACACCACACCACUCCGAUACCACCCCGCCGCUUACCAACAACUUUGGGUCCGGCAGUCCGUUGCAGCAUCAACCAGUUAUAGAGAUGAUACGUGGAGGAAAAAGCUUUGUGUCUUCACCGCCUGCGUUUUCAAACGAUGCAAAGAAGCUUCUGGUUUGCACAGGAAACACGGUUUCCGUUUUCAGCACCGACACUGGUUUACAGGUAGCAGAUUUGGAAGGUCAUACUGCACUAGUGACAUCUGUGAUAGUUGUACCCUCAUCCACGCCUGCAAACGCACUUUUAUGUUACUGCUGGACCACUUCACUCGAUGGCACUAUCAGAUAUUGGGAUUUCUCGGUCUCUGAGCUGAUUAAAACUGUAGAUAUUCAGCUUCCAGUCUAUUCAAUGGUAAUUCCAUCUUUUCUCGAUCGUCAGUCAGAGAAUAGCGAAACACAACCUGAUACUUAUGCUUAUAUCUCUGUGGAAGAUACCAAAACCGAACAAAAUAAGCAAAGAAAUUUAAGAGGACAGAUCCGAAAGUGUAAUUUAUCCAAGUCUCGCUUGGUUCGUGGAGCGAUAUUGUCAGAGACUAAAAAACCUGAGAAAAUAACAAUUUCAUCAAACGGAAAAUACUUUGGAGUUCAUGAAAAACGCAAGAUUCGGGUAUGGGAAGUACCGACAAAAGACGGCAAGAACAUUAGUCACCGGAACAUAAAACUCACACACACCAAGAAUCUGAGCUGUAUUGCAUUUCAUCCUACGGACAGGAUUGUGGCAGCUGGCGAUGCGACUGGGAGAAUUUUAGUGUGGAGAGGUUUCGGUGAUAAGACAUUUGCCGAUAAGGAUUUAGAAAAUGAAAAAGUUUCAAAGGAUGAAGAUGAUAAACCCGGUGUUAGGGGUGAAGGUGAUGCCGAUUCUUGCACUACGUGGCACUGGCAUUCUUCAGAGGUCAAAGUCUUGUAUUUUUCUUCAGAUGGCGCUUAUUUGUUUUCGGGUGGUAAAGAAGGAGUUCUUGUGGGUUGGCAGCUAGAUACCGGAAAGAAGAAAUUCUUACCGAGAAUAGGAACACCACUUCUUAGUUUUACGUCUUCACCAGACUCUUCUCUUUCAUCAAUAUCCUGUGCAGAUAAUCGGAUUCAUAUUCUAAAAAUGCCACGAAUGGAGAUAUUGAAGUCGAUUUCUGGGAUUAAGCUUCCUACUCCUGUCCCAGAUAUGUUUAGAGGGUCAUGUAACGACUUUGUGUUUGACCGUACUGCGGGAUUGGUUGCUGUUCGUACAGAGAAUUAUUGUAUUCAAUUCUACAGUUUGUUUGAUGAUCGUGAAAUAUCAGAGGUUCAGGUAUGUGAAAGAAAUCAUCAACCAAGCGAUGAUGUCACGAUGAUUUUGAAUCUAGUUGCACUUUCAUUUGAUGGCUCUGUGAUGUGUACUGUUGAAACCCGAAUGGCUGAAGAAGGAAUUGGAGGCUUUGUAACACUUAAGUUUUGGGAUCGCCGAUCCCAAAACAAUGAUUAUAACUUGUCUACCAUUAUAUAUGAGCCACAUAGGGAUGCUGGUGUUUCUGCGGUUGCUUUUCACCCUACUCGUUGCAUGGCUGCCAGUGCUUCUUAUGGUGGUGACUUCAAGGUUUGGGUUAGCAAUCAUGAUAUUCAACCGAAUGAUAAGUUGAUUCAAAGGACUAGAUGGGCAUGUCAUGCUGUUGGUUCAUACCAGAAGAAACCUAUGACGGCUGCUGCAUUUUCAAACGACGGUUCUGUAUUGGCGGUUGCCGCAGAAACUGUCGUCACGUUGUGGGACCCAGAGAAGAAUGUUCUUGUAGCUGUGAUCGGAUCUACUCGUGAGCCAAUUGGAAAUCUUUCAUUUAUUGGAGAUUCGGGGUUUCUUGCAUCUGCGUCACACGGUGCAAAUCCGCAGCUUUCUGUUUGGGAUAUGUCGAAGCUGUCGGUAUCCUGGUCGUACAAGCUUCACGUAGAAGCUAUUGCAAGUUCCGAUAAAGAUUCCCAUUUCGCUGUUCUUGUUCUUCUUCCCGAGCCAUCGAAUGCUGAGGUGGCAACAUCCCACAACGCCGAUGGGGCUAUUUUACUUUUCAACGCUGGAGAACCUGUUGCGGUUGCGUCAUGGUUUGUGACGAAGGCAAAGGGAGGAGGGCUUGCAUUUAUUCAAAGUAGAUCCCUAGAUGAUAACAUGGAUGAAAACGAUAACCCAGGCUCGGGUUUGCUUGCGUACGUAAACGGUGAUCAUGAGUAUGCGAUUUUUAACCCACAUGGUUUAGAGACGCAAGAACGGAAAGUCAGACACACAGACAGUGUGCCCAGCUUGGAAGUGACAGGUCAAAGUGGCUAUGCAUCUAUCUAUGGGAAGCUACCAGAGUUCAAGUUGAACGCAAUCGAAGCAUCUGCAGAGACUGUAACGCCUUCGGAAAGACCAUGGGAGACUAUCUUUAGUGGGCCGUCGCAUAGUCUACCUCCUCUCACCAAGCUUUGCUCUGCGUUUCUUGAAUCGUUGUUGGAGAAACGAAGUGGAGAUGGUCUGGUAAAGUAAACUAUGAAUAGAUAUUCAACCCAAACAAGAUGAAAAGGUAUGAACAGAAAGAUGCAGUUCUGUCUACUUGUUCAUAUCAAUUGCCAAUUUUGAUCCAACUAUUUGCGGUGUAAUCGAUAUGGAUUAUGUAUUGAGUAGCUGACCAGAUAUUAUAUCUUAUAGUGUAUUGUUAUUGUUGAGUUGAAUCACUGAUUUAAUUGGGCUUUCAGUAA